AUGGAUGCUUCUCAUCCUUCUCCCGUCUUUCGUCGUUGUCAUGGUUCUCUGCCAAAUACAUGGAGCAAACCGAUUAUAGUUACUGGUGGUGGUGGCUGUGGUAAGUCAUACACUAUUCGCUCAAUUGUGAAUGAGUAUUUAAAUACUUGAGUAUUGAACAUUUUGAAAUACGAUCUAAAAAUUAUAGACAAAUUAUCAAUGAUUCCUGAGACUAUAUUCCAACACAUUUUGAAAACAUUAAAUCUACUUUUAUUUAGACCUGUACUUGUGCUUUGUGGAGAUUGCGCUCAAGAACAACCGUUUUCAAAACAUAAUGUAAGACUCAUGCGACAUCCAAGUCCAUUUACUAAUAAGCAUUUUAUUUCCACAACCUAUCGAUAUAAUUUACUGGGUCAACAUCUCGUUGGUAACGCCCAGUAUCUUAAGUUCUUAAAUUAUGUCAAGAUGAUAUAGUUACAGAUGAAGACAUAUUCCUUACCUGUGUGAUGCGAAAACAUCUUCCCUACCAAUACCCUAACUGUGGUAUCAUCCUUCUUGGGGACUAUAAACGACAUAGAAAUAUGUCUCCUGUCAGCAAGACAUAAUUUAAAGCAAGUCGACAAAGCCCCCAAAACAGGUUCAUCAAUCCUCGACCUCAUCACUACUCCUACCACCACUUGGAUCCUUCGACCAUAAUAUCUUACUAUUGGCCCGCUCGUUACAUAAUUCUAGCCAUUGUACUAUAAUAUUCCGUAAAAUUAUUCUGUUAUGCCUAAGAUGGUUUACUGCAGAUGAUAUUACAAUUUUAAGACCAUUCUAUUUAUUUUUGGAAGAACAUGAGCACCACCAGCAUGGUUAUAAAGUCAAGUGUUGUCGUAUAAAAUUAAGACCAUCACCACAGUCUGUAAAUGACAAAAUUAAUAAGUUGACCGACCCAACUCAAAAAACUUGUUAAUCACAUUUUCUUCAAUUACGUGGCAGCGUAAUUCAUGAGAACGAAAGUUUAAAAAUAUAUUUAAUUUUAAAGAAACAGAAAGAAUUGAAUGUGCCCUUUGGCCAAGUUUGUAUCCACUUACGAAAUGGUGUGAAAGUGCGAUUUCCAAUAACAAUUGCAACCUAGCACGAAAUUGUCAUUCAACAUCAAAUUACAUUCGCAAAAUAAUUGACUAUGGUCUACACUUUGAGUUAUUUCAGUAUGACAGAUGGCUGUUUAAAACUACAAGUGGAGCAAUUAACACUACCCAGUUACUAAAAUGCUCACCAACACAGUCUUUGAACAUGAAAUCCUUUUCAGCAACGUUUUGGCAAUGGCAACAUUGCUUUGUCUUAGACGCCGUAGAUCAAUAUGGUCUCCCAGAUGUAUUUAUAAUAUUAACCCAUAUGAAUGGUCAUUCCUGUUUCCGUCAUGGAUAGAAAGAAUUAGACAGCAAACAGGAAAAGGACCAACUAAGUUAGCAGGUCACAAAACUUCUUACAUUGUCAAUAUAUUAAUCCAAAUUGUCAGAGGCUAUUUAUGCAGAUCAAAUAGCCAAAAAUGGUCGAAUCAUGUUUUUAAUUAUAGUGGUAAUGCUAAACAAAAAAUAUUAAGACCUUUUUUUAUCGUUGCAAGUUUCAGGAAAGGGGAACCAUACACCUUCAUUUGCCUGUGUGGUUAAAGGAUUUUAGCAAGAUGCAACAUUGUUUAAUAAGCAGAGAUUUUCCAAAUGACAACCCUGAUUUAUGCUAUCUUAUAAAAAAAUAUAAGCUAUCAGAUAAACCUACCUGCUUCUUUUUUAAAUCUGCAAGAAGCAGAAACAUAUUUUGAAUAUAAAAAUAGCACUAGCAUUUUACUUUGUAAACAUUCAGCUGAGGCAUUUGCUCUUAAUUUAAAAGCUUACAUUUCAACUGUUUUACCAAUGUUAAAAUGUUUGAUGGACUUUCAAAUUACCGAUGGCAGAGCAAUGCUAUUAAAAUAUGUAACAUGUUACGAAGUGGCAAGAUGGCAUAAGCACUGAAGUUUUAUAUGCAUACAAUAUUUCUGGCAGCCAGGCAGCAGUAUGCUAUGUAACGGAAAUUAAACCAGCAGAGCCGGAAAUGUGGCUUAGUCUUUCCUCUAUCAAAUUAUCCUGGUUGUGCAAUUUUAUAAAGAGAUACACAAUACCUUUUCCUGCAUAUAUAGACAAAGAGAACAUUUCUGAAAAAUAUUGAAAUAGGCCAGAGGCAAUGAACAAUCUCUCAUUGUUAUCUUGGCUCUGCCAGGUCGAUCAUUCUCCAGCUGUUCCAAAACUGUACAAACAAGGUAGCACACUGGUUGGUUUAAAAACAGUCUCUUUUUUAUAAAGGAAUACAUUUUCCGACACAUUUUAAUGCAUGUUCCCCAUCAAAGUAUUUCAGACUUGAAACAGCCUAACCAUGAAAAUGUACCAAAUGACUUGCAGGUGGUAUGCAGCAGCUAUGCAUCAUCUGCCAGAGUUUUGGGAAAACACCGAAAAUAUUAAUUUGUAUUUACCUAGUAAAGAAGAGUAUAUAACAACCGCUUUGUCAUAUAUUAAUACAUUGUGAGACGCCUUUUAUAUGUGGCAAACAUGCAUAAUUCCACUAACAUGGUCAAACUUUGAUUUGCAAAAUGAAACUACGACUAUUUUGUUAGAUACAAAUCAGCUGUCUGUUCAAAACCAUGUAUUGAGAUCGGCCAGGCAACACAAGGAACACUUGACGACCUUUGCGCCAAGUGAAUACCUUGACAAUGACGCCGAGUUUGUUUCCGGUUUGGACGCUGAUGAUGAAUUUUCGCCAAUGGAUGCUUCUUCUCCUGUCUUUCGUUGUUGUCAUGGUUUUCCGCCAAAUACAUGGAGCAAACCGAUUAUAGUUACUGGUGGUGGUGGCUGUGGUAAGUCAUACACUAUUCGCUCAAUUGUGAAUGAGUGUUUAAAUAUUUGAGUAUUGAACAUUUUCAAAUACGACCUAAUAAUUAUAGACAAAUUAUCAAUGAUUCCUGAGACUAUAUUCCAACACAUUUUGAAAACAUUAAAUCUACUUUUAUUUAGACCUGUACUUGUGCUUUGUGGAGAUUGCGCUCAACAACAACCGUUUUCAAAACAUAAUGUAAGAAUCAUGCGACUUCCAAGUCCAUUUACUAAUAAGCAUUUUAUUUCCACAACCUAUCGAUAUAAUUUACUGGAUCAACAUCUCGUUGGUAACGCCCAGUAUCUUAAGUUCUUAAAUUAUGUCAAGAUGAUAUAGUUACAGAUGAAGACAUAUUCCUUACCUGUGUGAUGCGAAAACAUCUUCCCUACCAAUACCCUAACUGUGGUAUCAUCCUUCUUGGGGACUAUAAACGACAUAGAAAUAUGUCUCCUGUCAGCAAGACAUAAUUUAAAGCAAGUCGACAAAGCCCCCAAAACAGGUUCAUCAAUCCUCGACCUCAUCACUACUCCUACCACCACUUGGAUCGUCCGACCAUAAUAUCUUACUAUUGGCCCGCUCGUUACAUAAUUCUAGCCAUUGUACUAUAAUAUUCCGUAAAAUUAUUCUGUUAUGCCUAAGAUGGUUUACUGCAGAUGAUAUUACAAUUUUAAGACCAUUCUAUUUAUUUUGGGAAGAACAUGAGCACCACUAGCAUGGUUAUAAAGUCAAAUGUUGUCGUAUAAAAUUAAGACCAUCACCACAGUCUGUAAAUGACAAAAUUAAUAAGUUGACCGACCCAACUCAAAAAACUUGUUAAUCACAUUUUCUUCAAUUACGUGGCAGCGUAAUCCAUGAGAACGAAAGUUUAAAUCUAUUUAAUUUUAAAGAAACAGAAAGAAUUGAAUGUGCCCUUUGGCCAAGUUUGUAUCCACUUACGAAAUGGUGUGAAAGUGCGAUUUCCAAUAACAAUUGCAAUCUAGCACGAAAUUGUCAUUCAACAUCAAAUUACAUUCGCAAAAUAAUUGACUAUGGUCUACACUUUGAGUUAUUUCAGUAUGACAGAUGGCUGUUUAAAACUGCAAAUCGAGCAAUUAACACUACCCAGUUACUAAAAUGCUCACCAACACAGUCUUUGAACAUGAAAUCCUUUUCACCAACGUUUUGGCAAUGGCAACAUUGCUUUGUCUUAGACGCCGUAGAUCAAUAUGGUCUCCCAGAUGUAUUUAUAAUAUUAACCCAUAUGAAUGGUCAUUCCUGUUUCCGUCAUGGAUAGAAAGAAUUAGACAGCAAACAGGAAAAGGACCAACUAAGUUAGCAGGUCACAAAACUUCUUACAUUGUCAAUAUAUUAAUCCAAAUUGUCAGAGGCUAUUUAUGCAGAUCAAAUAGCCAAAAAUGGUCGAAUCAUGUUUUUAAUUAUAGUGGUAAUGCUAAACAAAAAAUAUUAAGACCUUUUUUAUCGUUGCAAGUUUCAGGAAAGGGGAACCAUACACCUUCAUUUGCCUGUGUGGUUAAAGGAUUUUAGCAAGAUGCAACAUUGUUUAAUAAGCAGAGAUUUUCCAAAUGACAACCCUGAUUUAUGCUAUCUUAUAAAAAAAUAUAAGCUAUCAGAUAAACCUACCUGCUUCUUUUUUAAAUCUGCAAGAAGCAGAAACAUAUUUUGAAUAUACAAAUAGCACUAGCAUUUUACUUUGUAAACAUUCAGCUGAGGCAUUUGCUCUUAAUUUAAAAGCUUACAUUUCAACUGUUUUACCAAUGUUAAAAUGUUUGAUGGACUUUCAAAUUACCGAUGGCAGAGCAAUGCUAUUAAAAUAUGUAACAUGUUACGAAGUGGCAAGAUGGCAUAAGCACUGAAGCUUUAUAUGCAUACAAUAUUUCUGGCAGCCAGGCAGCAGUAUGCUAUGUAACGGAAAUUAAACCAGCAGAGUCGGAAAUGUGGCUUAGUCUUUCCUCUAUCAAAUUAUCCUGGUUGUGCAAUUUUAUAAAGAGAUACACAAUACCUUUUCCUGCAUAUAUAGACACACUUGUUGGUUUAAAAACAGUUUCUUUUUUAUAAAGGAAUACAUUUUCCGACACAUUUUAAUGCAUGUUCCCCAUCAAAGUAUUUCAGAUUUGAAACAUCCUAACCAUGAAAAUGUACCAAAUGACUUGCAUGUGGUAUGCAGCAGCUACGCAUCAUCUGCCAGAGUUUUGGCAAAACACCGAAAAUAUUAAUUUGUAUUUACUUAGUAAAGAAGAGUAUAUAACAACUGCUUUGUCAUACAUUAAUACAUUGUCAGACGCCUUUUAUAUGUGGCAAACAUGCAUAAUUCCACUAACAUGGUUAAACUUUGAUUUGCAAAAUGAAACUACGACUAUUUUGUUAGAUACAAAUCAGCUGUCUGUUCAAAACCAUGUAUUGAGAUCGACCAAACAACACAAGGAACACUUUUCGUCCUUUGCACCAAGUGAAUACCUUGACACCGAUGCUAGUUUGUUUCAGGCUCGGACGCUGAUGACGAAUUUUCGCCAAUGGAUGCUUCUCAUCCUUCUCCCGUCUUUCGUCGUUGUCAUGGUUCUCUGCCAAAUACAUGGAGCAAACCGAUUAUAGUUACUGGUGGUGGUGGCUGUGGUAAGUCAUACACUAUUCGCUCAAUUGUGAAUGAGUAUUUAAAUACUUGAGUAUUGAACAUUUUGAAAUACGACCUAAAAAUUAUAGACAAAUUAUCAAUCAUUCCUGAGACUAUAUUCCAACAUAUUUUGAAAACAUUAAAUCUACUUUUAUUUAGACUUGUGCUUUGUGGAGAUUGCGCUCAACAACAACCGUUUUCAAAACAUAAUGUAAGAAUCAUGCGACUUCCAAGUCCAUUUACUAAUAAGCAUUUUAUUUCCACAACCUAUCGAUAUAAUUUACUGGAUCAACAUCUCGUUGGUAACGCCCAGUAUCUUAAGUUCUUAAAUUAUGUCAAGAUGAUAUAGUUACAGAUGAAGACAUAUUCCUUACCUGUGUGAUGCGAAAACAUCUUCCCUACCAAUACCCUAACUGUGGUAUCAUCCUUCUUGGGGACUAUAAACGACAUAGAAAUAUGUCUCCUGUCAGCAAGACAUAAUUUAAAGCAAGUCGACAAAGCCCCCAAAACAGGUUCAUCAAUCCUCGACCUCAUCACUACUCCUACCACCACUUGGAUCGUCCGACCAUAAUAUCUUACUAUUGGCCCGCUCGUUACAUAAUUCUAGCCAUUGUACUAUAAUAUUCCGUAAAAUUAUUCUGUUAUGCCUAAGAUGGUUUACUGCAGAUGAUAUUACAAUUUUAAGACCAUUCUAUUUAUUUUGGGAAGAACAUGAGCACCACUAGCAUGGUUAUAAAGUCAAAUGUUGUCGUAUAAAAUUAAGACCAUCACCACAGUCUGUAAAUGACAAAAUUAAUAAGUUGACCGACCCAACUCAAAAAACUUGUUAAUCACAUUUUCUUCAAUUACGUGGCAGCGUAAUCCAUGAGAACGAAAGUUUAAAUCUAUUUAAUUUUAAAGAAACAGAAAGAAUUGAAUGUGCCCUUUGGCCAAGUUUGUAUCCACUUACGAAAUGGUGUGAAAGUGCGAUUUCCAAUAACAAUUGCAACCUAGCACGAAAUUGUCAUUCAACAUCAAAUUACAUUCGCAAAAUAAUUGACUAUGGUCUACACUUUGAGUUAUUUCAGUAUGACAGAUGGCUGUUUAAAACUGCAAGUGGAGCAAUUAACACUACCCAGUUACUAAAAUCCUCACCAACACAGUCUUUGGACAUGAAAUCCUUUUCACCAACAUUUUGGCAAUGGCAACAUUGCUUUGUCUUAGACACCGUAGAUCAAUAUGGUCUCCCAGAUGUAUUUAUAACAUUAAGCCCAUAUGAAUGGUCAUUCCUGUUUCCGUCAUGGAUAGAAAGAAUUAGACAGCAAACAGGAAAAGGACCAACUAAGUUAGCAG